CGCCAGUCCUCCCGGCUUGCGCCGCGGCCGCGAGAUCCGCGUUUUUCCCAAGAUGGUGGCGCGGGGCUCGGGGUGACUGCAGGAGACGACAGACCCUGAAUCCCCUUCGCUAGAACCUCGACACACCGCCGUCCUCUCGCUCGCGCACCCCGCCGCCGCCGGCUUGCGCGUCACCUCUGCCGACCCGGCGCUCACGGCCGCGGGCAGCGGCGCCUCCUUCGGCUCCUCGGGGCAGCACUCGGAGCAGCUCGCUGCCUAGCCCCGAACAGGCGGGCCGAGCAGCCCCCCGGUGUGGACAGGCAGCGUCGGAGCGGCGGCUGGCGACGCGCUCGGGGUUUUCUGCGGCCCCGGCGCCCCCUCCCCCGGCCUUGAUCUCCGGAGAAGGAAGCGCGGGUCCCGCAUGAGCCCCUGCGGUGGCGGCAGCGAAAGGGAACGAGGUGGUGGCGGGCGGAGGCGGCGGGCGAGGGCGACGACGACCAGUGAGGCAGCCGCUGUGGCGAGGGCCGCAGCCCAGGCGCGGGCGCGACCACAGGUCAAAACUCUGUAAGAUCCUGAUUUUAGAAUUCACCAGCUCCUCAGAAGUUUGGCGAAUUAUGAGCUAUUAAAUCUACGCUCAGAUCAAGGUAGCAGCUAGACUGGUGUGACACCUGUUUUUAAUCAGUGACUCAAAGCUGUGAUCACCCUGAUGUCAACGAAUGGCCACAGCUUGUAAAAGUGCCAGCAGGUUUAUUUUUUGUUUUGCAAGCCUGCUCUGCCUCCUUACCGUAUGACAGCUGAUGCUGGAGGGUCGCACUUUCAAAAAUGAGUCAGCUGGUACAUGGGGUUAUCACCAGUUGUUAGCUCUUCUGUCUGACAGAGACAAGUUUGGAAGCAAUCUUGGGGUACUUACCCACAAGGCUGCUGGAGACCAGAUCACCAGGAGAACCUCAAUCUGACGACAUUGAAGCUAGCCGAAUGAAGCGAGCAGCUGCAAAGCAUCUAAUAGAACGCUACUACCACCAGUUAACUGAGGGCUGUGGAAAUGAGGCCUGCACGAAUGAGUUCUGUGCGUCCUGUCCAUCUUUCCGUCGUAUGGAUAACAAUGCGGCGGCUAUUAAAGCCCUGGAGCUUUAUAAGAUUAAUGCAAAACUCUGUGAUCCUCAUCCCUCCAAGAAAGGAGCGAGCUCCGCUUACCUGGAAAACUCGAAAGGUGCUGCCAACAACGCCUGCUCUGACAGCAAGAUGAACAAGAAGGAAGGGCUCGGAGCAAGAGACGAUUUUAAGGAUGUGACUUACCUAACAGAAGAGUUGGUCUAUGAAAUUCUUGAAGUGUGUAGAGAGAGAGAGGAUUACUCCCCUUUGAUCCGGGUCAUCGGGAGAGUGUUUUCCAGCGCCGAGGCUUUGGUCCAGAGCUUCCGGAAAGUCAAACAGCACACCAAGGAGGAAUUGAAGUCUCUCCAAGGAAAGGACGAAGACAAAGACGAAGAUGAGAAGGAGAAGGCUGCGUGCUCUGCUGCCGCCGCCAUGGAGGAGGGUUCCGAAGCGUCAUCCUCCAGGAUGAGUGAGAGCUCGCAAGGCGAUAACUCACAAAAACUGGGCCCUGAGGACGUGUCUGUGGACAUCGAGGCCAUCAGAAGGGUCUACACCAGGCUGCUGGCUAAUGAAAAGAUAGAAACUGCCUUUCUCAAUGCACUGGUAUACUUGUCACCCAACGUGGAAUGUGACUUGACGUAUCACAACGUGUACUCCCGAGAUCCUAAUUAUCUGAAUUUAUUCAUCAUCGUGAUGGAGAAUAGGAACCUCCACAGCCCUGAAUAUCUGGAAAUGGCUUUGCCGCUAUUCUGCAAAGCAAUGAGUAAGCUUCCCCUUGCAGCCCAAGGAAAACUGAUCCGACUGUGGUCCAAAUACAGUGCAGACCAGAUUCGGAGAAUGAUGGAGACAUUUCAGCAGCUUAUUACGUACAAGGUCAUAAGCAAUGAAUUUAACAAUCGGAACCUAGUGAAUGAGAGAAACCUGGUGAAUGACGACGACGCCAUAGUCGCGGCCUCCAAGUGCUUGAAGAUGGUUUACUAUGCAAACGUCGUGGGCGGGGACGUGGACACCAGCCACAACGAGGACGACGACGAGGAGCCCAUCCCCGAGUCCAGCGAGCUGACGCUUCAGGAGCUGCUGGGGGAGGAGAGAAGGAACAAGAAAGGUCCCCGAGUGGACCCACUCGAAACCGAGCUCGGUGUGAAGACCCUGGAUUGUCGCAAACCACUCGUCCCUUUUGAAGAGUUUAUUAACGAGCCGCUGAAUGAUGUCCUAGAGAUGGAUAAAGAUUACACUUUUUUCAAAGUAGAAACAGAGAACAAAUUCUCUUUUAUGACAUGUCCCUUUAUAUUGAAUGCUGUCACAAAGAAUUUGGGAUUGUAUUAUGACAAUAGAAUUCGCAUGUACAGUGAACGAAGGAUCACUGUUCUCUACAGCUUAGUUCAAGGGCAGCAGUUGAAUCCAUAUUUGAGACUCAAAGUCCGACGUGACCAUAUCAUAGAUGACGCUCUUGUCCGGCUAGAGAUGAUCGCCAUGGAAAAUCCUGCAGACUUGAAGAAACAGUUGUAUGUGGAAUUCGAGGGAGAACAAGGCGUUGAUGAGGGAGGUGUUUCCAAAGAAUUUUUUCAGCUGGUUGUGGAGGAAAUCUUCAAUCCAGAUAUUGGUAUGUUCACAUAUGAUGAAUCUACAAAACUGUUUUGGUUCAAUCCCUCCUCUUUUGAAACCGAGGGUCAGUUCACUCUGAUUGGCAUAGUGCUGGGUCUGGCUAUUUACAAUAACUGCAUACUGGAUGUACAUUUCCCCAUGGUUGUCUACAGGAAGCUAAUGGGGAAAAAAGGAACUUUCCGGGACUUGGGAGACUCUCACCCCGUUCUGUAUCAGAGUUUAAAAGAUUUACUGGAGUAUGAAGGGAAUGUGGAAGAUGAUAUGAUGAUCACUUUCCAGAUAUCUCAGACAGACCUGUUUGGUAAUCCAAUGAUGUACGAUCUGAAGGAAAAUGGUGACAAAAUUCCAAUUACAAAUGAAAACAGGAAGGAAUUUGUCAAUCUCUAUUCUGACUACAUUCUCAACAAAUCAGUAGAAAAACAGUUCAAGGCCUUUCGGAGAGGUUUUCACAUGGUGACCAAUGAGUCCCCCUUAAAGUACCUGUUCAGACCAGAGGAGAUUGAACUGCUUAUAUGUGGAAGCCGGAACCUAGAUUUCCAAGCACUAGAAGAAACUACAGAAUAUGAUGGUGGCUACACCCGGGACUCUGUGCUGAUCAGGGAAUUCUGGGACAUCGUCCACUCAUUUACAGAUGAGCAGAAAAGGCUCUUCUUGCAAUUUACAACAGGCACGGACAGAGCACCUGUGGGCGGACUAGGGAAACUAAAGAUGAUUAUAGCCAAAAACGGCCCAGACACGGAACGGUUGCCUACAUCUCAUACUUGCUUUAAUGUCCUUUUACUUCCGGAAUAUUCAAGCAAAGAAAAACUGAAAGAGAGAUUGUUGAAGGCCAUCACGUAUGCCAAAGGAUUUGGCAUGCUGUAAAAAAAAAAAAAAAAAAAAGGGAAGGAGAAAAAAGAAAAAGGAAAAAAGAAAAAAAGGAAAGAAAAAGAAAUUGAGAACUUGAAUAAACACAACAAGAGGGAUAAACUUGGUGGUGAUGGUGUCCGGGUCCAAAGGCUGUGAGGCAGUGAACGCAGUGGUCACCCCGUGCGUCCCCUUCUCUGCUGGGGACACGUGGGCUGGGACAGCAGAUUUCAGCUACUUACGUGAACAAAUCCUUUAUUAUAUUAUUUUUUUGUGUGAAAGUGUUACUUAUUCUUUCACUUGUAUGUACAGAGAGGUUUUUCUGAAUAUUUAUUUUAAUGGUUAAAUCACUUUUGCUUGUGUUUAUUAUGCUUGAGGUUGAGCCUUUUGAGUAUUGAAAACAUACACCAACCGAACUGCUCCCUAAGGGACUGGCCACCAUCUGCAGACCGUGUAACCUUCGAGUAUGUGCUAUUGGGUCCCUGUAGCUAACUCAAAUCAGGAACUGUAUUUUUUUUUUUUUUAACAAUUUGCUUUUGAAACUUGAAGUCUUGAAAACAGUGUGAUGCGAUUGCUGCUGUUCUAGCCCCCAAAGAGUUUCUGUGGGAAAUCGGAAAUCUACAAUAAAGACGGAAGGGAGAGCUCGGAUGUUCACCUGCAGUGACAGCACAGCGGACCCCAGCGCCCCACGCCCCGGCCUGUGUCUUCAUGCGUCUCGCAGUGAGCUGUCUCAGUAGCCAAUCGUCUUUCUUAGUUUACGGAAAGACAGGGAUUUUUUUUCUUGUUGUUGUGUUGUUGUUUUACGUUUCCUGGGGAAAAGUGCAUUUGGCCAAAAGAAGUGGUUAGUCAAGCCUGUUGCAAGCAAGUUAGGACAUUUGUUGUUUAUUAUAAACACAAAGCAUGUGAAAGUGCACUUAAAAUAAAUUUUUGGUGACUUGUUACCUGCAUUUUAAAUAGACAAUCCAAAGUGCUCCCUUGUGUUACCAUCACCUUAUCUAACCAGCCAUUUUCUCGAGGCACGUGGUCACAUGGUCAGUGUCCAGCAUACAGGAAAGGACGGCUGCUGUGCCUUGUUCUCUGUGGUCACCUGGAAAUGACGGAACUAUUAUCCUAAGUCCUACUGCAUUGUAUGUCCCCAAAGAUUAAAUUUUACGUCCAAAAGUAAGUGUUAAAUACUCCUUUCAAGUACUGUGGAAAGUACCGAUAGGUUUGAAUCACUGGACAUUCACAAGUAAGUACUCUCCCCUUUUAGUCUCCUGUGUCUGUGAUGUCAGUUUCUUUUACUGCAAUAGAAAAUAAAAGGAUUAUGUAUUUUUAACUAAGGAGAGACAUUGAUAUAUCAUCUCUACUACAAGCGACAGCUAACGUGCUGAGCUUGUGCCUUGAUUGUUUUAACACUAUCAGCCUGAUGGUUUGUUGGAAAUUGGCAGGAAAAAUGCAGCGUUCAAAUCAUUGGAGGGAAAAAGGGAUGUCUUUCGGGAUGAUUUUAAUUCUUUUAGUAAUUGAUAUAGAACUGUUAUGUACCAUAAUGCUAAAUAAAACAGUGACAUUUUCACCAUAA